GUAGUUGAGCAUGCUUGAAAUUUGGCAAAACAAAGUGACUCAGAAGCCUUUAACUUCCAAAUGCAUACAAAGCUACGAGCACCACCAGUGAUUCUUGCAUGAGCUAAAAAGCUCCAUAACUCGUACCAUUCAACAUACUUGUUGGACAACCUUUUCCAUUUCCAGCUUCCAGCUAGCUCUGAGUUCUGUAAAGAAAACACUGAACUGACCAUUGCAAAUUAGGGGCUGCAACCUUUGAGAGAAAAACAGUAGGAUGAGUCCACCAGGCGGCCCUCCUCCGUCAGCUGGCCCGGGGUCGUCUUCUGGUGGCUUUGUUGGGCAGUUGUGCAAUGUGGUCUCUUCUUGUUUCUACAUCUUGUGCUGCUGUUGGCUACUGAAAGAGUGUUUUGGAAGCCCAACUGGAGAUCCUGGGCCUCCAUCCAGCCCAUCUUUCGUACCUAGCCCUCCUCCUCCCCCUCCUCCUCCUCCACCACCACCACCACCACCUCCUCCUCCUCCUCCUCCUCCUCCUCCACCCCCAGGACCUCCUCCUCCUCCCCCUCCAGGGCCUCCUUAUGGUCCACCACUUGGUCCUCCAGGACCUUAUGCGCCCCCUGGGCCCGGUGGACCUCCCGCUGGCCCUCCAAGAUGGUGAAGACUUGAUGAUGACGGCUUCUAAUGGUUCUUCUGACCGUUGGUGAAAUGUCCAAUGGAGUCAUAUAAUCACACCCAUGAUUGGAUAGGGUAUUAUUUGAAAUAUUAUUUGGAAUAAUUACUGUAGCUCUUUUUUGUGA